AUGCAUUUAUCAGGCCCCACCAGCGUUGAUAGUAAUUUUGGCAAAGUAGUUCCUACGGUGUCAUAUGAUACUCCUAUGGAUCCUAUCACAAAACCUCGUUCAAGAUUAUCGGGCGUUAUUAAGCCUCCUAAAAUCCUAAAUCCCAAUCUUUACAAAGCAUCCAAAGCUUUGGAGUCUGGUCAUUACCAUGAAGCAAAGGAUUGCUUAACACGAUUAAUUAAAUCCUAUCCCAAUAGCUAUUCACUUCGAUGUGAUAGGGGUCUUGCAUCGAGAAAACUUGGUAAUUUAACAGAGGCAUUACAUGAUUUUGAUUACGCCAUUAAAAAAAAUUCAGUAAAAUCACGUGCCUUAUUACUUCGAGGUGAAACGUUUUACUAUAAAAAAGACUAUGAAUCUGCGAAGAAUGAUUUAAAUAAAGGGUUUUCAUCAUUCAAAGCAGAUGACAACAUAUCAGAUCAACUUUUGCUUAGCGCGACUAGAAUUUACGGUGAAAUAAUGGUGUUAGAAGAAAAUUAUUAUGAUGCUUUAGAUUGUUUUAAUAGGGUGUUGAAAUCUUCACCAUAUGAUUCGACGACCUUACGAACGCGUGGACAAAUAAACAUUAAACUUCAAAGAUAUUUAGACGCUCUUGAUGACUUUAAUGCUUUUUUAAAAAUUGAACCGGACAAUCCAGAUGUUCUAAAUUCAAGGGGUUCCUUGUUUAAAAAACUCGGAAGGUAUGACGCGGCGCUAGAGGAUUAUACAAAAGCAAUGAAAGUAUCAAAACGAAUAGAUUUUCAGCUUCUCUUAAACCGGGGAAAAGUCUAUCAAGCUCAAGCUCGGUAUGAAGAAGCAUUAAGGGAUUUUAACGAACUUUUAAAGUUAAAGUAUUCAGAUGUUGCAAGAAUUUUUCGAAACCGUGCAAGAGCUUAUAGAUGUUUGUCACGUUACCAAGAAGCACUCUCGGAUUACACUGAGGCGAUUAAAUUUGAUAGAAAAGCUUCGACUUAUAGGAAAAGAGCCGAAAUCUAUCAUACUUUAUUACAGCCUACUGAAGCUCUAUCUGAUUUAGAUCAAGCAUUGAUGAUCGAUCCACUUGAUAAAUGUGCAGAAUCUCUACGUAAUCAAGUUUAUGCGAUAUUGAAAAAGUACGAUGACGCGUUAGGUGGUUUGAAUAAAAUAUUGAACGAUAAUCCAUUUGAUAUUACAUCACGUGUAAACCGUGGUGAAGUGUUACGUAAUAUGAAGCAAUAUACAAAUGCAUUGAUUGAUUUAGAUUUUGUUUAUCAAUUCGCUUUACAAGAUUAUAACUUAGCGGUCCAAUUUAGACCAGAAAGUGACAUUUUAAUUUUAAGCCAUCGGGCAAAAACUCUCCAAAUCUCGACAAAGUGGCAGGAAUCUCUUGCUGAUUGGAAUCAAGUAUUAAAAAUUUCACCGAAAAAUGUUGAAGCUUUAGAGAAUAGAGCACAUCUUCUCUUCAAACUUUUAAGAUAUGAAGAAGCACUAGUUGAUUUAGACAAUGCUUUAAGCAUAGAUCCAACAAAUUUCUUUUCACUUUGCAUCCGUUCCGAAGUGUAUCAUGCGAUUGAACGUUAUGAAGAGGCGUUAGAAGAUCUUAAUAAAGCACAUUCGGCACCAAAUUGUGGUAACAUGUGUUUUGUACUUAUGAUGCGUGGGGAAGUGCAUCGAGCCUUGGGAAAAAAUAAGGAAGCAAUGUUAGACUUGACAGUGCUUUAUAGAUCUACGGAACAGUAUCAAAAAGCGCUUGAAGAUUUAAAUAAAGUGUUGGAAGCAGAUCCAACAAAUUUUACUGCGUUAUGUGAAAGAAGUAUUAUUUUAAGAGAUAUUGUUCGUCGAUACGAUGAGGCAUGGGAUGAUUUGGAAAUGGCUUUUGAUAUGAAAGAGGAAAAUUUUGCAAAAGACUUUGCCGUUAAAGA